GCAGGUCAAAGGAGCCGGUUACGUUUCAUGAGUGAUGGAUGACUUGGUUUGUGCUGUUGGUGCUGUUGGAACAUGACCCCUCGGUUGGUGGAUGUAGGGCAUGGAAGUCGAAGGCUUUGUGCUCUUGCAGACAUGACAUGGGAGCCAUGGCACCAUCCAAUGACCCUGCCAUCUUGGCCCAAAACCAGCUGUGGUGCUGGGCAAUUCAGUUGUGUCUUGACUUCAUUUUGCAACACCUUAUUAUAUAAGGCUUGAACCAUGGACAUCUGGAACACCCUUCUCAGUGCUUGGUCUUCUGCGCAUCCCUCAAGGAUUUGCGGCCGCCCGAGCUGGAGCCCUCCUUCCUUUGGUGCCCCGUGUGACCUCCGCGCCAUGAAGCGUCCCUCCGCAGCGGUCCAGGUCCGGCGGGGUGUGCUCCGCGCGGAGCACGCCCCGUCGGCCCCGCGCAAGGCGACGGGCGAGCUGUCGGUGGUGCCAAAGGACGCCUUUUAUGCGUCCACGCGCGGGGCGUGGCGAGGGUGGCUGAAGAAGAACUUUGCUUCCAGGAGCUAUAUCUGGCUGGUCUUUCCGAAGAAGGCCUCCAAGCUGCCCAGUGUCCGCUACAACGACGCCGUGGAGGAGGCACUGUGCUUCGGGUGGAUCGAUAGCACCUACCGCCCCCUGAGCGAGACGCUGGGCAUGCAGCGCUUCACGCCGCGGAGGAAGAUCGGGGAGAACUACUCGCAGCCCAACGUGGAGCGACUGCGCUGGGUGGAUGCCAAGGGCUUGAUCGAGCCCACAGUCCGGCCACAGAUCUCGCACGUGCUGCGCUCGAAGUUCGAGUGGCCCAAAGAUAUCCUGGCUGCCAUCGAGAGAGAGCCGGAGGCCGCCAGGUCUUGGAAGCGCUUCAGCGCCUCCUAUCGGCGCAUCCGGGUGGCGUGGGUGGAGCAGAAGCGCAAAAGUGAUCCGGCAGAGUUCAAGAAGAGGCUCCGGAACUUGGUGCAGAAGACCAAGCAGGGCAGGCAAUUCGGCUCGGACAUCGACAAGUACUACUGAGCGAUCCUGGGAGCCCCGGCGCAGCUCGGCGCGGCUUCGUCGGCGCAGCUUCGUCGGCGCGGCUUCGUCGGCGCGGACGCGAGAAGCUGCUGGACGCGAGAAGCGGGACGCUGAGCGAGCUUUGGACGGGUGAGAUGUGUACCGGGACCUUCCGUUUGAGGUGUCGAUG